UACGUCCUCACUUCAACCUUUUCAACGACUCACAGUCACGAGCAUGACAACUCCAGAACAACCGUUCACCUUAACUAUUCCGGAUGCAGAGCUAGAAUUACUUCACAAGAAACUCGAGCUUACGCGAUUCCCAGACGAAUUAGAAGGUGCCGGGUGGGACUAUGGUGUACCAUUGGCGCACGUGAAGAGACUUGUGGCUAGAUGGACAGAUGGCUUCGACUGGCGUGCCAGCGAAGCAGCCAUCAACACUGUACCACAGUUCACGAGAGACAUCAACGUUGAAGGGUUCGGCACAUUGAAUAUACAUUACGUGCACCAGAAAAGUGAUCUUGACAGCGCGAUUCCCUUGCUGUUCGUCCAUGGCUGGCCUGGACACUUCUUAGAGGUCACAAAGCUACUUCCGUUGUUGACGACUGUGUCUCCGGAAUUUCCAAGCUUCCAUGUCGUCACGUACAGUCUUCCUGGUUUUGGAUUUUCAGAAGCACCAAAAUCAAAGGGUUUCACCUCCAAACAAUACGCAGAGGUAGGACACAAAUUGAUGCUCACGCUUGGAUACAAUGAAUAUGUGACACAAGGUGGAGACUGGGGUUUCCUGAUCACUCGACGAAUAGCGCAGCUAUACGGAGGAUCCUACUGUAAGGCCUGCCAUACCAACUUCCUACCGUUGAUUGCGCCUCCACCUUUCAAGUCUAACCCUGGCUUGUUUCUCAAGUACUUGACAACUCCAUACACGCCUCUCGAGCGUGAAGGCCUGAAGCGCACUGAAUGGUUCCUCACUAAGGGACGUGGAUAUGAGGCGGGACAGUCCACCUAUCCCCAGACAAUAGGCUACUCCUUAGCUGACUCUCCUAUUGGUUUGUUGGCGUGGAUAUAUGAAAAACUUGUCCUUUGGUCUGAUGAUUAUUCUUGGACUGAUGACGAAAUCUUGACAUGGGUGUCGAUCUAUUGGUUCUCCCGUUCUGGACCAGCUGCCUCCUUGAGGAUCUACUACGAGGCAACACCUGAAUACUUCAAGCCAACACCAUGGUCAGCAACCCCCUACGGUAUAUCCCUAUUUCCAAAGGACUUGAUUCGAGUCCCAAAGCUAUGGGCACAUAGCGUCGGAAACUUAGUCUUUGCAGCUGAGCAUGAAAAGGGUGGGCAUUUCGCCUCUCACGAAACGCCAGAGGUCUUGGCUGGUGAUUUGAGGAAGAUGUUUGGUAAGGGUGGGCCUGCGUAUGGUGUUGUUCCAGGCAAGAGCGGUUACAUUGCGUAGAUAACCCAUAUCAGAGGUUAGUCAAAGUUCUAAUAACCGCGGCGUUGUUUGCUGUAGAUUGCUUAAGACUCCUGUCCAGGUCAGAGGCAGGGUUUAUUACUAUCUGAUACGUGUAUCUAAAGGAACGCCUUCCUCUAACAAGGGUUGCGUCGAAGGAUAGUCCGAUAGAUAUCGUUGAGAC